ACCUACACUGCACACCAAGGCCAUGCCUCGCUUCUCCUCCACCACGCCGAUGUCGCCACCCCGCCUCCUCCUCCUCCUCUGCGCCCGCCACUCCUCCUCCACCUCUCAUCCCUCACGCAUCUGGGAUCCCCACGCCGCCUUCGUCGCCGCGACGCAGCGGGCGCGCUCUGGCACGCUCACCACGGAGGACGCACACCACCUGUUUGAUGAAUUGCUGCGGCAGGGCAAUCCUGUCCAGGAGCGUCCCUUGACUAACUUUCUGGCUGCCCUCGCCCGCGCGUCCGCGUCCGCAUUCUUCAGCAAUGGCCCUGCCCUGGCCGUCGCCCUCUUCGGCCGUUUGUCCCGAGGCGCCGGACGACGGGUGGCGCAGCCAAAUGUCUUCACCUAUGGCGUCCUCAUGGACUGCUACUGCCGUGCGCGCCGCCUGGAUCUAGCGAUCGCCUUCUUCGGCCGUCUCCUCAAGACGGGCCUGGAGGCAGACCAAGUCGUUUUCAGCACCCUCCUCAAGGGACUCUGCCACGCAAAGCGCUCAGAUGAGGCUCUGGACGUGCUGCUUCACAGGAUGCCUGAGCUGGGCUGCACCCCUGACGUGGUGGCGUAUAGCACGGUCAUCCAUGGCUUCUUCAAGGAAGGCCAAGUAGGCAAGGCAUGCAAUCUGUUCCAUGGAAUGGCGCAGCAGGGCGUUGCGCCUGACGUGGUGACAUAUAACUCGGUUAUUGAUGCACUGUGCAAGGCCAGAGCAAUGGACAAGGCGGAGUAUUUCCUUGGUCAGAUGGUUGAUAGUGGUGUCGUACCUAACAAUGUGACAUAUAAUAGCCUCAUCCAUGGAUAUUCCUCUUCAGGCCAUUCAAAGGAGGCGGUCAGGGUGCUGAAAGAGAUGACAAGUAAGGGUAUCAUACCAGAUGUUUUUACUUGCAACUCGCUCAUGGCCUCCCUUUGCAAGAAUGGAAGAAGCAAAGAAGCUGCAGAAAUUUUUAAUUCAAUGUCCAUGAAGGGCCUGAAACCUAACACCAUUUCAUAUGCUAUUCUCCUUCAUGGGUAUGCCACUGAAGGAUGCUUGGUUGACAUGAUCAAUCUCUUCAAUUCAAUGGCUACAGACUGUAUUCUACCUAACUGUCAUAUCUUCAACAUACUGAUUUAUGCAUAUGCUAAAUCUGGGAAGCUUGAUAAGGCUAUGCUUAUAUUUAAAGAUAUGCAGAAACAAGGAGUGAGUCCAGAUGCAGUCACAUAUUCAACCGUAAUACAUGCAUUUUGCAAAAAGGGUAGGUUGGAUGAUGCUGUGAUAAAGUUUAAUCAGAUGAUUGAUACAGGAGUACGACCGGAAGCAUCUGCUUAUCGUUCCCUAAUCCAGGGUUUUUGUACACAUGGCGAUUUGGUGAAAGCAAAGGAAUAUGUUACUGAAAUGAUGAAGAAAGGUAUGCUUCCUCCUGAUAUUAUGUUCUUCAGUUCAAUCAUGCAGAAACUAUGCACAGAAGGAAGGGUAAUAGAAGCACGAGAUAUCCUUGACUUGAUAGUGCGCAUUGGUAUGAGGCCUAAUGUUUUCAUGUUUAAUAUACUGAUCGGUGGGUACUGCCUAGUCUGCAAGAUGGAGGAUGCAACAAAAAUGUUUGAGGAUAUGGUGUCAUUUGGUUUAGAACCUUGUAAUAUUACGUAUGGUAUACUUAUUAAUGGCUAUUGCAAAAAUAGAAGGAUUGAUGAUGGGCUUAUUCUGUUCCAAGAGAUGCUGCACAAGGGACUUAAACCUACAACUUUUAAUUAUAAUGUCAUACUGGAUGGGUUAUUUCUGGCUGGACGAACUGUUGCUGCAAAGGAAAAGUUUGAUGAGAUGGUUGAAUCUGGAGUAAGUGUGUGCACUGAUACAUAUUCGAUAGUUCUUGCUGGACUUUGCAGAAAUAAUUGCUCUAGCGAAGUAAUCAUGCUGUUCCAGAAAUUAAGGGCAAUGAACAUGAAAUUCAAUAUUAGAAUUGUCACUAUCAUGAUUGAUGCCUUCUACAAGGUUCGGCGAAACCAAGAAGCUAAGGAUUUGUUUGCUGCAAUACCAUCCAAUGGCUUGGUAGCUAAUGUUGUUACCUACAGCAUAAUGAUGAAAAAUCUUAUAAAAGAAGGUUCAGUGGAAGAAGCUGACACUCUUUUUAUCAAUGGAGAAGAGCGGCUGUACUGCAAACUCUUGGAUGUUAAAUCAUAUUAUCAGAAGGUUACUGGGAAGAGGAGAGAUAGUCAAGGCUGGAAAUUAUAUGUCGAAAGUUGAUGCAAAGAGCUACUCACUUGAAGCUAAAACUGUUUCGCUGCUGAUCUCCCUCUUUUCAGGGAAAGGGAAGUAUAGAGAACACAUAAAAUUGCUCCCUAUGAAGUAUCAGUUUAUCGAAGAAGCAGCCACAGUUGAAUAGUUUGAUACAUGAUCUCUGAACUCAACUCCUAGAAGUUAACUUGGAUUGUUGCUUGCCAUGGGUCCUUAUGCUUGUACAACAAAUGCAUUUUCUGUUUGGUAAAUAGAAAGCCAGUCCUAAAUUCUGUCACUUUUUGUUAAGUUCGUAAUGCGCUGAAAUAACUAUUUUUUUCCGUUAGUUAUUGUGAGUAGUAUCUGAAAUUUCCUAUAUUUUUGUUUCUCAGGCUUAUCACAAUCUCAGUAUUAUAGUUUCUGCAGUUAGUGAAAGAAGAUCUAUUUCUAGUAACAUGAAAGCUUCCAUAAGGCUUGUGUUCCACUUCUCACUUGCUGUUUUGAGGCUGCUUGCAUACAUUUUAGUCGUUUCUUUGCCACUUGAUAUAUGAUAUCGUCAAAUAUUGGUAAAGUUUUGGGCACUUGGAGAUGCCGGACUUCAUCAUUGUCAAGGCUUCUAUCUGAAAAUUGGACUACUGCAUCCGCGAGGAUCCUGCGGGCACUGACUGUGCUCUUGAGAUCUAGAAUGCUGGCAACGGCAUGGUUGGCCGCACAGAGAAGGAGUCUACCUGAUGAAAUGCAGAGAGCAAGACUAUGUCCAAUUCAGAGGUGUUGUGCAUCAAAUUGAUUUUAAAUGAACACACGUGCUCAGGUCGAAGGUGAAGCUGGGAUGGCACUAUGUUUUGUCAUGAAAAGGUGUUAAGGCUGAAAAGGUGAAUCCAUUGACUAUGUUUCAUUGAGCUCUGAAGGUCAUAAGGAUUUUGUCCAAGGUUGCUGCCUAUAGGAAAAUCAGGUACAUCAUCCUCUCUAAGAUCCAGGAUCACACGGGUACGGCUCAUGCUGCCACGUUGCAACAAGACGGCUAGGAGACGCUUGAUCGCACAGCAAAUGAGCUCUACUCGGUUGACUAUGCAGCACGAUUUGGCAGUACCAUGCGUGACGCUAUGUAUCAUCAGUAUCUGUCCCAAGUGGAAAGUCGCAAAAGGGAAUGCGGAACGGUAAUCAGCUCGUGAAAUGCACCAUUGUUGGAGCUGAAAAGAUCCAUUGGAAGCUGCAUCGUGUGAGAUGUGACGGUGAUGGCUGUUGAAGCUGAUAUGCCAGGUUCUGCUCAUGGUAGCCGGUAUGAUGAAACUACACUCCUCUCCAUCGAGUUGUAUAUGUCCAUAUAUUCCUGUAAACUUGGUCAAAGUUUACAAAGUUAAGAGUUUGAAAAAUAUCUCAUAUCCACUAUAAUUUGGCAAGGAGAGAAUAAAUAACUACAUGAUUAAGAAUCUCACAGAGACUUAAAGAAAACAACAAUUAUACAAAGAGGUAUUCAACGUGCUGUCGGGCCUGGAUCGGCGGCCAAUGUUGGUAUCCUCAGCUCCGUUUCGAAUGCAGUGUUACUGCUCACAUCGGUGGACUGCGCACUAGCGUAAGCAUUGUAAUUCUCGUCACCGCUGCUGCCACCGGUGUGGAAGCUAGGAGCGCGGCCCUCCUCGAGCUCCACACACUCCUGUAGCUGCGCCACCACGUCAGCCAUGGUGGGCCGCUGUGCCGACCCCUGUGCGGUGCAUUUGAGUGCAAUCUCCGCCACCUUCCACACGCCGUUGAUAUCAUAACCACCCUGCAUUCGCGCGUCCACCACGCCCUCCAUGUUGCCGCGCGCCAGCCGCUGCCUUGCCCAUUGGACGAUGCUUGUGGGCUCUGGGUCCGAAAGAAUGGCUGGUUUCCCGGUGACCAGCUCCAGCAGCACCACUCCAAAGCUGUACACGUCGCUCUUGGUCGUUGGGUGCAUCGUGGCCUGGUACUCCGGAUCAACGUAUCCUGGGGUAAAAGCGAGCGUGUUCGUGAAAAGAUGGGUGUUGUUGUGGUAGUCAAAGGCUUUCGUCAAGCCAAAAUCAGCAAUCUUGGCCUCUAGCCUGGCAUUCAGCAGAAUGUUGGUGGCCUUGACAUCCCUGUGGAUGAGAGGCGGGUUGCAACCCGUAUGCAGAUACUCCAACCCUACACAUGGCAAGAACAUCAACCUGUAAGUCAAAUGCAUGCCCAAUAGGGAUAAUGUGCCUCUGGGUGAAUACAAAAGUAGGCCAUAACUAUUGAAGGGCAGCUUGAGCGUGCACCUUGUGCAGAUUCAAGUGCGUUUUUGAGUCUCUGCCUCCACGGUAAACAUCCUCCAUUGCGUCCACUUGCUACAAAUACAAUAACAGCGUGUUUGUCCGAAUUAAUAGAAAGUACCUCAGGUGAACCACUGGGGCGACUUGAGCAUUCACUAUAUGAGUUAAAAGCCAAAUCCUUUUUGUUAGCCGUAGUUAGUAUUUAUACCUGCAAUGUGCUCUCGCAGGGUCCCUUGUGCCAUGUACUCGUACACAAGUGCCAUAUACUCCCGAUCCUUGCAGUAACCAAUCAUUGAGACAAGAUUCUUGUGAUGAAUCCGGGUUAAAAUCUGAGCCUGCACAAGCACAUCAAAAUUUCACAUCAAAAUCACGCAUUUCUGCCAGUAGUUGACGGCGCAUGCUGUUAAAGGAUCUGGUCCAUCGCACCUCUGCGAGGAACUCCUUGACGCCUUGAUUGGAGGAAUGAGACCGCAACUUCACUGCCACUUGAGUACCAUCUUCCAGGAAGCCAUCAUAGACACGGCCGAACCCUCCUUCGCCAAGCACCCGGUCAAAGCCAUUGGUUAUCCUCUCGAGUUCCUUGUAAGUGAACCGGCGAUUCUCAACUAUUCACAAAGAAUCAUCAUCGCCGCCAUAGCUCGUUGGCAUCGCCUCUUCGUUUUGUGGCUUUACCGCCGUCGACCUUUUUUUCAUUGAUCCUUCAUGUAUACACAGGAAAUUGAUGAAUUAAUAGACCAAAUAUGGGCAUUGUUGUGUGCUGGCUCAAUCAUGCUGAAAAGGCCUCACUCUAACCUUGCUGCUGGUUUCGUCGUCUUAGGAAGAACAAGACUAGUAGGGCCAGUGAUACUAUCACCACAAUGACAAGUACAGGGACGGCAACAUAGAUGGCCAGUUUGCCCUUCCUUUUAGCAGCAAGCUCACAUGAAUUGCCGUCAGUGCAAAGGUUUGGAUUGUUGCCAUGUCUAAUAAAUCAAGGACCAAGUUAAUUAAUGAAGUCCAUGCAAUUUUUUUUAACAAAGAAGCUUAGUGGAAUUUAUCAAGUAUGUAUAUACUAUGAACACCUUAGAACCAGGGAGCCAUCUUGAAUUCUUUUGAGAAGUCCAGAGGGAAUUGAUCCAUUGAGUUGGUUGCCAGACAAAUCUCUAGAGGAAAGCACAUCAGACACACAAUAUAUGUACAUAAUAACUCGAAGCAAUUCGGUCAAAGUUUGACAAGACUUUUCUAUA